AGCACAAAUUGAGUUACAAACUUCAUACUACUUAACUAUGUGUGAUUUAAAAUGCAAAUUUAUUGGAUAUUCAUUGUUAUAUUCCUGUUUCUAAAGACUCAAAGGACUUGAUUGAUCCAACCUAGAUCAGGCCAUUGAUCCUGUCCCUUCCCCAUUAGGUAACAUAGGGCAACACUCAAUUACAUACAACUGAAUGAAGCUGAAGGUUUAUUUUCUCUUAUAUCCAAACAGUAUUUUCACAUAACACAUUCCCAAAUGCACAGGAUUACAGUUCUAUACAUCUACAAAUGGUGAAAUCAACCUACCAUCCACAACCAGUUACAUUUUGCAAAUAAAUAGGUUGCUUAGUGAGUACAAGUAUAUUUGUGCAUGUUGUCUGAUUUGUGGAACUAUUUUUUAGUAUUGGUUUUUGUUCCAAUGUGUUCUCUAUUUAUAGAUCGUUUUCAAAUUGAAACAACUGCAUUGGUGAAUUCAGUAAUUAUAUCCGUCGGAGACUGACAUAUCCUAUCCUCUCUUGCUCUCAGUUGCCUUCGACGCCUUCCACUUAGUUGACAGGUUACCACGGCAACGGCACUCACGUAGUACCUGCUGAGGACCAGUGGUUAGGUAUCGUGCCAGCUAGAAACUAAAGUAAUGGAAACCUAUAUCUAAAUGCUAUCACUAGAUUUAAGUGAAUUAUCUUUGACAAAAUGUCUGAUAUAUUGUGUCGAUGGCUGAACUCAGAGGUUCGGUUGUCAAAAGUCGUGGAGCAGUCCACUAUUUCGAAGGACUUUUCAAAUGGGUAUUUGAUCGGUGAAAUCUUGCACAAGUAUGAACUUCAGAAUGACUUCGACCAGUUCUCAAAGAGCAGCUCAUCAAAUUCUAAGCUUAACAACUUUACAAAGAUUGAACCCUCACUGCACCUUCUUGGCGUGCCCUUUGACCUGGCCAUGGCUAAGGCAUUGAUGCAGGGCCAGCCUGGGGUGGCCAAUCGACUCCUGUACGAGCUCUACAUCUUGCUGCAGAAGAAGAAGAAAACAGGGCUCACUGGCACGGCGAUGGAGACCAUGCAGCCUGCUGCCACUGCCCGCCUGCACCGGGUGGAGAACAACAUCUACACCGAGCGUAUUAAAACUGUGGUCAAGAGAGAGGCAGAAAUCAAGAUGCAGAUGAUCACCCAGCGGUAUGAGAUGAAAGCGCAGGAGAUGUACAACAAGUCAGUCAUGGCGGAACUGGUAGAGGACCAGAAACAACAACAAGACCAGGAGCAGAUGAGACUCCAGGAUAUAGAGAAGCACAGAUUAGUCCGCAAGAAACAGCAGGAUAUCAUGAAUCGCAUUCUGAUGGCCAGCAUCCAGAUUCCAAAGCCUCCCCCGAACCGUACCUUCAAAGCACUUGAGAGGCAGCGUCAGCAGAGGAGGCAGGUUGAGGCUAAGAAUGUUCAUCUGGAAAUUGCCCAAUUUGAGAAGAGCAUAAAGAGGUUGUCUCCUCCAGGCUUGAGUGUUGCAGAGGUGACCUAUGACCGCAGCACAGACACUGGCCAGGUGAUGCAUCACACCCUACGCCCAGAGGAGAUGAUCAAGGCGAACUCCGAGUACAUACAGAAGAUCCGCCAGCACCUGGAGGAGGAUGAGGCGGCCCGCGAGCAUAGGGAGAAGCGCCGCCGCCGGGUCCUGGUGGAACAGCUACGGGUCCACGAGGCCCAGGAGGAGGCGCUGCGGGAGGAGCAGCUGGUGGAGCGGCUGAUGCGGCAGUCCCAGCAGGAGAAGAGGGUGGCUGUGCAGCUCAUGCAGAUUCGCCAGCAGAAGGAGGUCCUGCGCCAGAACCGCAUCCUCCAUGAGAGGCAGUUCCAGGAGCAGCGCAAGAGAGACUUCGAGGAUGCGCUGGACAGGGAAGUGGCUCUAGCCAGGCAGGCCAGGCUGGAACAGGGAGAGGAGGCACAGAAGGAAAUUGAACUACAUGAUAGGAUUGCAGCUGAAUGGGCCCAGGCGCGGUACCAGAAGCACUAUAACUUCUGCAGAGAGGUUCUGGAGCAGGUAGUGGACCUGGCCACCUGUGCUGGGGAGUACCGCCUCUUCACUGAAAAUCUCCUCCCUGCUAAGAUGAUGCGAGAAUGGAAGGAGCUGUUCAUUAGUGGGAAGCCCUUAUAUGAGCAGGCCUGUGUGGAUCCGGUGCCAGCAGAACCCACCCCAGAACAGCUCAUAGAAUUAGAGAAAGUGGAACUGCUCAAUAACCAGGAUUAUGAUGAAUAUGUUAGCAUGACAGGUGAAUGGGUUUGGCCUGAGGAAGAGGAACCAAAAAGUCCACCAUCCAACAAUGAUAUCCUAGGACAUAUAGUGCACCGUUUGCAAAACAUUGUGAACCCACCUGGACCCGGGACCCCACCUCCUCUGCUCCCCUGCUUCACACUAAAAGCCUGUGUCCUGGGAAAGGCUCUCUCUGGGAAGACAACAUGCCUGUCCAAAAUUGCUCAAGUCCAUGGCAUCCAUGUCUUCUCCUCCACAGUUCUGAUUCAGGAAGCCCUUGCUGCAUUUCGACGUGGAGAAACUGAUAUAGUUGAGAAGAAAAAAGAGUGUGAGACUCUAGAGGGCAUUGACUUCCCUAGCAAGGACGCUGAUGUGUCAGAAAAAGAAAGUGAGAAAGAGGAGGUACUCACGUCACCUGACUCAGCUACACCAGGUGAGGAUCCUGAUCUGGAAGGAACUCCAGACAAAGAGGUCACACCUCAGUUGUCCAUGAGGGCGCAGUAUGGAUCCGUGGUGGAAAAGGUCCUGAGGGAAGGCCAGGGUGUUCCAAGUGGACUGCUGGUGGAUAUCGUUGUUAAUGCUAUCAGGCAGGUUCCAGCAGGGUCAGGCUGGAUUUUGGAUGGAUUCCCUGUUGAUGUCGCCCAAGCCAAGCUCCUGGAGAAAGCCCUUAUUGGCCCUGACCCAGACAAGCUGGGAGGGAGGAGCAGGAAGAGCAGUCUGGCCGUGGACAAGAACGCGCCCCAGGAGGUGACCCCUUCCUUCAAAGCAUUGGACCUGGUUGUCCUCAUGGAGGUGUCUGAUGAUGUUGUUCUUGACCGUGCUGCCAAGCAGGCCAUUAAGGAGAAAAGCCCUGCUCAAGUGAAGGUGGAGGAACAAGUACCUGAAGGAGAGGUGUCCACUACUCAACAAGACACAAAAGAACAAGUCAUCACCACCUCAAAGCAUAACUUGAAGGGAAACCAGCUACAACACUGGAUAGCAGGUUUCCAGGACAUCUGGCCCAAACUGGAGAAGUGGUUUUCAGGGAAGGAAAAUGUUUUCGUAAAGGUCAAUGCUUAUGCAGAUGAAGAGACAGUCUUCACAAAAGUUGAAAAAAUUCUUCGUGACACCAUGAAUGCCACUGAGAAAGCUGAGGACGUUGCUGUGGCUCAGUCACGGUCUGCUUCAUCUGUGGCUGCCCCGCCUCAGUCCCCAACGACUCUUACCACAUCCGUGUCUGCUCUGACCCAGGAGGGCAUGACAGCAAGACGCUCCCGCUCCAAGUCCAUUUCUCAGUCCCCCAGAGCAUCGCAUAGUCACAUAGAUGGAUCCAAAGAAAAAAAAUCAACUCACUCUAUGGAAGGGAAAGACUCAGGCCGUCAACUGUCUGGAAGUGGACUUGCUCCAGUCAGAAGGACAUCAGCAGCUUCAUCCUUUGAAAAUCCUCUUGGAGAGAUUGGCACCCCUGCAGGCUCCCCUGCUGCUGUUGCAGGGUCAGCUGACUGGGUGUUUGUGGACGAGGCUUUGCCUAAGGAGCUCUCUGAGUAUCUGGUUCCUUACUGGGACAAUGUGUGUGACUCGUAUGUGAUAAACGUAAAGACAGUGAUGCAGAACUUGCGCAGUGAGAGGAAACUGAUAAUCCAUCAUCUGCACAACAUCAGCGAUGACUUUCAACAGUACCUGAAGAGGCCCGACCUGAAGCAAGAGUUUGUGUGCCAGUGGCAGCAGGACUACAACAGCAUCCCAGAUGACAUGAGGUUGGACGAGGAGACCAAGGCAGAGCUGCAUCAGCGCUUGGAUGACUUGCGUGAGCGCCUGUGGGACAUCUGUGACCGGAAGAAGGAGGAGGCAGAGGAGGAGCGGGUGGCCUUGUCGGAGGACGGCUGGCUGGAGGACCACACUGCUCUGCUCACCAACCACUUCUGCUCGCUCAUGCAGGUGGAAGUGGACAGGUUCCAGGAUACCUUGCGUCUCUUACGUGACUACUACUACAGCAUGAGUGGGACCAUGCUGCCCAAGACGCCUGCUGAAUUCACAUGCAUUCCCCUGCUGGACAUUGUGGAAGAGGAGGGGAACAAUGGAGAAAAAUCCAGAAGUCCCCCAGACUCAGUUACAUCUGACAGAGCAAGCAAGAGUGCCGGGAAAAAGGACUCGGAUGGACCAGAGGAAAAAAAGACGGGGAAGAAAACUAAAAUUGUCCCCCUGAUUGCGAGGAGGACCCUGACAGCAGACGCUUCAAAGCAGAGGGGCUCACCACAAGCUGAUGAGAAGCAGGUGAAUGACAUCUAUCAAGCAGCACUGACGGCUGUAAACAAUCAGAUGCAGGUGGAGGUGCACAAGCUGGAGGCGGAGGAGAGUAAGGAGCAGCAGGUGCUGGAGCGCGAGCGCCAGCUCCGCAUGUCCCAGGCCUCAGCCGCCGCCGCCGCCACCGCCACCGCCACCGCAACCGCCACCGACUCCACCAAGGACAAGAAGAAAGGAGGAGCCAAGAAGAAAGUUCCCUCCCCAGUACGGGAGCCCAGCCCUCCUCCUGUGAUGGACCUGGCCCAGCCCUCCCCCUGUGAUGCCCGCAAGGUUGCUGUCAAGACCAAAAUCAGACAGGAGUAUCGAACAGCCCUAGAGCAUGAAGACCGUGCCGUGAAGCAGCGUCUGGAGCUGGUAAAGCAGCAGGCUCUAGAGACGGUGCGGAGCCUGCAGACCCGUGCUGAGCGCACCUUCAAGAACCUGGACGACUGGCUGGACGCUCGUUUCCUGGCAGAGAUGGGCAGCAUUGAUCAGCUGGUGGAGGUGGUGCGCCACCACAUUGAAUCAGCCACCAAGGUCCAGCACGAGCUCACACUGGUGUGCACUGACUUCUUCGUGGACGGGGACCUGCGUGUGCUGCCCAUCCCCAGCCCCCCUCCCCGGCCCUCUCCUCAGGAGAUGGCUGUGGACAGCACCCUCACCAUCCUCCAGCUGCAGGCCUUCUACAACCAGCUGCUCAAGGUCGCCCCCUCAGGGAUACUGUCCUGUAAUGAGUUCUCAGAGAUCCUAAAGGAGCUGACAUUCUUGAACAUGGGGGAUAACGACUUGCCAGACUCAUGGAUGAGCAUCUCAGAGUCUCAGAUCCUGGAUGUGCUGAGUGUCCUGUCUCAGGACUCAGACCUGCUGGACUGGCGCCUCUUCCUCCUCAGCGUCGCUCUGCCCUGGCCCAUGCCCACCAAGCAGCAGCUGCUCCAGGUUCUGGGGCAGUUCCGUGCAGCCGACCCUCAAGACACAGGCUUUAUCACAGAGAAGCAGUACCUGCAGACUGAGCUGUGGUUUACAAACGAUGAUGCUUUAAUGAUUCCUGAUGACCCCUCUGAACCAUUGCCAUAUGACAGGCUGGCUGAACUGAAGAAGUUUUUCUUCACGCUGUUUGCGGAGCCCGACUCCUCCCCGGCCCGUCUGGACUACAUGAACAUGCUGCUGUACCUGGCCUCCCACAGAGACGCCGUGCAGGGCUUCAUCCGAGCCCUCAGCCUGGUCACUGGACAGCCCCUGCACUACCAGUCCAACACCAGUGCACUGCUCAAGUCUGUGCUGUACAUGGGAGAGGAAGCUGAGGAGGUGGCCGAGGAGGAGGAGAGCCCUGAUGGUGGCGCCGUCUCCAUCUCGGCCCUCUUGGAUGUGGUCUGCCACAGCGGGAGCAAAACCGCCUGCCACAAUCGCUUUCAGACUAACCAGAAGAGCAAGGAGGAGUAUACAGAGGAGUUCAUUAAGGUCUAUAAGGAGCUGGGCUUUGGGUCAGAGGAAAAGGCUCCUUUCUCAGUUCUGUCCCAGCAUCCCUGCAUUCAGCACCUGAUGGAGAGCACCCUGCAGUACCAUCUCCCUGAUAUCCAUAAGAUGUUGUAUGCCCAGCAGAGCAGGAGGGGAACUUUGUCAUAAACUACACCUUUCAGAUUUAAGUGUCCACUGUAUCACAGUAAUAAACUUGGUUAUUCUUAUAUGCAUAAUUUCCUUCUAUAUCAAAAGGUAUAUAUUUUAUAGUGUGCUUGGCAAACAACAAGUAAUCACCAUCUCUAGUCCCAAUGAUCGGGAUUGAAAGAAAUGCAUUUGGAAGUUAUGGCUUUGUAGUUUUGCUCACAGAAAAAAAUCUGCCUCCUACCGUAUGUAUCAAUAGGAGAUAUAUGAAAACUAACGAACUAUAUGCAUAUCCACAAUUAUCAUUUUAUGACGUUAAUAUUUAAUAUUGAAAAUGUUAGACUGAUCUCCAAAGAAUGAUUCUAUUCUUUUCUUGCUCUGAUGAUCUGAAAUUAAUUCCCUGUGACUCGCCAGCCCAGUCUUUCCUUCGCUAGAAAUUAUCUGAAAAUAAUUUGUUCUCUUGAGAACCACCUGUAGUAAUAAUGUACUGAGUAAGACGUGCAUGAACAGCCCCUGGCGCCGAUGUGUUUUAUACUGCCCAGAGACAGCACAGGCAGCUAACAGCCUCUCAUCUAUUUUUGUCUGAGCUGAGAGGCCUUCUCCAUGGUCUCUAAUUGCCCCAAGGAGUUGAGGUUUCCAAAGAAGCGACACAAGCACACAAAGCUGGGCUAGUACCUGUUAAUAUGUUCAGCCCUGGUACUGUAUAUUUCAUUUAGAGACCAGAAUUCUUACUAGAAAUCCAGUCGUUAGUCAUUUUUCUUUUACAACAAUGACAGACGGUAAGAUAUUUGCGAUGAAUUGAUAGAAAACCGUUUUGGUCCAAGGAUUUGUAGGCCAAGAUUUAGUGUAGUGCCAAGAUCUCUGCUCCUGUGGUCAUGCAACCACAUACAGCUUCAGCACAAACAUUGCAUUGAUUCAGACCUACUCAAAAACAAAAUAAAGUGAAAGGAAAA